AUGGAUUUCUCACAGGAUUACGUCCAAAUCAUCAAUGGCAAGAGCGCUCCAACUGAGCAGACCCGGCAUGGUGUGAACCCUGCAAACAAGCAGGCUUUGCCUCCGGUCCCAGUAGCGACGCAACAGGAUCUCGACAACGCAGUUGCUGCUGGAAAGGCCGCAUUUGAGACAUGGUCUCGGACGCCGUUUGAGGAGCGCCAGAAGGCUACCAUUGCGUAUGCUGAUGCGGUGGAGGCGCACUCUGCUGCUUUGGUAGAGCUUCUUACACGAGAACAGGGAAGACCUACAGAGCAGGCUUGGAUGGAGGUCGGCGGUGCGCCGGAAUGGAUCCGUGGACUUGCUAGUAUUGCUCUCCCGGACGAGGUGAUCGAGGACAAUGAGCAAAACACUGUGCUCAAUAGGUAUACGCCGCUUGGUGUUGUCGCGGCCAUUGUUCCUUGGAAUUUCCCCAUCCGACUGGCAGUUGCCAAGAUUGCGCCGGCGGUUUUGACUGGUAACGUUGUCAUCGUAAAGCCUUCGCCUUUCACUCCCUACUGCGGGCUGAAGCUGGUCGAGUUGGCCCAGCAGUUUUUCCCUCCGGGUGUAGUCCAAAGUCUAAGCGGUGAUGAUAAUCUCGGACCGUGGAUGACAAGUCAUCCUGGUAUUGACAAGAUCAAUUUCACGGGCUCGACCGCAACUGGGAAAAAGGUGGUGCAGAGUGCUAGCCAAACGCUGAAACGGGUAACCCUCGAACUCGGCGGCAAUGAUCCCGCUAUUAUCCUCCCAGACGUGAAUGUUGAGAAGGUCGCGGACCAGAUUGCAACCUUCGCGUUCUUGAACACUGGCCAGAUUUGCCUGAAUAUCAAGCGCAUCUACGUCCAUGAGGCGAUUUACGACAAGUUCAAGGAAGCCAUGGUCAAGAGCGUCGAUGGCUACGUCGUUGGAGACGGCUCCCAGCCAACCACCACCCACGGACCGAUCCAGAACGCGAUGCAAUACGCUCGUGUGAAGACCUUUUUCGAUGACAUUGAGGUGCAGGGUUGGAAAGCUGUCGCUGGAGGAAAGAUCGAGGAAUCGGCCGGUUAUUUCAUCCAUCCUACAAUCAUCGAUAACCCGCCGGAAGACUCACGCAUUGUCGUGGAAGAGCCAUUUGGUCCGAUCGUUCCCCUUCUCAAGUGGACCGACGAGAAAGACGUCAUUGAACGAGCCAACAACACGGUCAACGGACUUGGUGCAUCGGUCUGGGGCAAGGACCUCGACAGGGCUGGCAAGAUCGCGAAGCAACUACAGGCAGGGACCGUAUGGGUCAACACGCAUUUCGAAUUAUCGCCGCUGGCUCCCUUUGGAGGACACAAGCAGAGCGGUCUUGGGUCAGAAUGGGGUGUCGAUGGGAUGAAGGCUCACUGCAACGCGCAGGUCCUUUUCUUUAAGAAGACCGCGGCGUAG